UUUCAUUGUCAGCCUGUCUAAUUUAGUCGAGUCAUACGAUCGCCGGCACUUCGAAGGGUGUGCUCUCAUCUAUUCGUAUCUUGGACAUCGUUGGUCGCAAAAACUUCCACUUUCGACCUAAAAUGGCCUCGAUGGGAGCUUUAGCGUUCGAUGAGUUUGGAAGACCAUUUAUCAUCAUCAAAGAUCAAGACAGACAGAAAAGACUUACCGGUAACGCAGCUAUUAAAUCUCACAUUUUAGCUGCAAGGACUGUUGCAAGCACCCUCCGAACAUCUUUGGGACCCAAGGGUUUGGACAAGUUGAUGGUCUCCGCUGAUGGUGAUAUCACCAUUACCAAUGAUGGAGCCACUAUCCUUAAGAUGAUGGAUGUUGACCAUCAGAUUGCAAAACUUCUAGUUCAGUUGUCUCAGUCUCAAGAUGAUGAAAUUGGUGAUGGAACCACUGGUGUCGUUGUUCUUGCUGGGGCUCUUUUGGAAAAGGCUGAACACUUGCUUGACAAAGGAGUUCACCCCAUCCGUAUUGCCGAUGGAUUUGAGAUGGCUGCACGGUGCGCCAUUCAAAGUCUUGAGCGCAAUGCCGAGACUUUCCCAUUGGACGUCAACAAUCUGGAACCCCUCAUCCAGACUGCGAUGACCACUCUUGGCUCAAAAAUCGUCAAUAAGUGCCAUAGACAUAUGGCUGAAAUCGCUGUGAAUGCUGUGUUGGCCGUGGCUGACAUGGAAACUCGCGAUGUCAACUUUGAACUUAUCAAAGUCGAGACUAAAGUUGGUGGGCAGCUUGAAGAUACCAUGUUGGUCAAAGGUGUGAUUGUAGACAAGGACUUCUCUCAUCCUCAAAUGCCUAAGGUGCUGAAAAAUGUGAAGAUCGCCAUCUUGACUUGCCCGUUUGAACCUCCUAAACCCAAGACCAAGCAUAAGUUGGAUGUCACUUCAGUCGAGGAUUACAAGAAUUUACGAAAGUAUGAACAUGAGAAAUUCGAAGAAAUGGUCCAGCAGGUGAAAGACUCGGGUGCAGGUCUGGCCAUAUGUCAGUGGGGUUUCGACGAUGAAGCAAACCAUAUGCUUCUUCAGCGCGAGCUCCCUGCCGUUCGUUGGGUUGGAGGACCCGAAAUCGAGUUGAUUGCCAUCGCCACUGGAGGGCGUAUUGUUCCACGUUUUGAAGAACUCACCCCGGAUAAGCUCGGUUACGCUGGCGUCGUCAAGGAGUUGUGCUUUGGAACCACCAAGGACCGCAUGUUGGUGAUUGAGGAAUGUACCAACUCAAAGGCGGUUACCAUCUUCAUCCGUGGUGGCAACAGAAUGAUUGUUGAUGAAGCCAAACGCAGUAUUCAUGAUGCUCUCUGCGUUAUUCGCAACUUGGUUCGUGAUAACCGCAUUGUUUACGGUGGAGGAGCUCCCGAAAUCUCCUGCGCUAUUGCAGUAGCCAAGGAAGCCGAUUCGAUCAAAACUCUCGAGCAGUAUCCAUUCCGAGCGUUCGCGGAUGCCCUAGAAUCAAUUCCACUGGCUUUGGCUGAAAAUUCUGGUCUUAAUCCUAUUCACACUCUAACGGAAAUUAAAGCUCGUCAAGUUGCAGAGAACAACGCUGCUCUUGGUAUCGACUGUCUCUGCAAAGGCACAGCUGAUAUGAAAGAGCAACACGUCAUUGAAACACUUCACAGCAAGAAACAGCAGAUUCUUCUCGCCACACAAGUGGUUAAGAUGAUCCUCAAGAUUGAUGAUGUGCGUUCUCCGGACGACGGCUACUAAUCCUUUCAUUGGCUUUUCUCUCAGAAGUCUUGCUUGCAACUCGUGUAUUAGAUUCAUCCUCCAUUGGUUGCUUCACUUAAUUAAUAAACGCUUGUUUUGUAAUUACUACCAACCACUGGCCUUCACAAUAAAUUUUUCAUUAUAGCUUUA